AUGGGCAGCGUUGCACAAAAAACAGUACGCAUUGGCGUUGAUGUUGGAGCACAUCACAAGACCCCAACGACUCCCGAUGUCACGGAGGGGAUCGAAGCUGCGGUGCGAAAUGUCCUCCAGAAAUCCGGUCUCCCAUCCGAGAGCAUCGCAAGCGUUACAGUCGGCACAACACACUUCAUCAAUGCCGUAAUCGAGCAGGAUGCCCGUCGCCUUAGACGUGUUGCCAUAAUACGUAUCUCUAAGAGCUUCCUCCGCGAAGUCCCACCAUUCUCCGAGUUCCCGCCAGGUCUGACGAGCAUUAUCAAGGGCUACGUCGGCUAUGUUGAUGGAGGCCUGCAUAUAGAUGGGUCACAGGAAGCGCCGUUGGUCGAAGAGCAAGUCGUAGAAAGAUGCGCAGAAAUCAAGAAGCUGGGUCUGAGCUCCAUUGUUAUCGUGGGAGCUUUCUCUCCAAUCGAUGACCACUUUCACCAAGAAGACCGAGUGCGUGAUGUCGUGCUUCGCGAAAUUCCGGAAGCGGAUGUUGUCGUCUCGCAUGAAGUUGCGAACAUUGGUCUGUUGGAGCGAGAGAAUGCGGCUAUCCUCAAUGCCGCCAUCUUGAGAUAUGCAAAGAGGACCGUCAAAGGCUUUAGACGGGCGAUGAAAGCACUCAACCUGACUUGUCCGCUUUUCUUGACGCAAAACGAUGGCACCCUACUCGAUUCUGCCGCAGCUGCCAAGAUUCCGAUCAGAACGUUCUCUUCUGGUCCAACGAAUUCCAUGAGAGGUGCUGCGUAUUUGACAGGUCAUGAGACAGGUAGCCAGUCAGCCAUCGUUGUCGACAUCGGUGGAACGACGAGUGAUGUCGGCGUUCUCUUGCCCUCUGGACUACCCAGACAAGCAAGUGCGUAUGUCACAGUGGCUGGGGUGAAGGUAAAUUAUUCGAUGCCGUCGUUGCACUCCAUCGGUCUUGGUGGAGGUUCCAUCGUUCGACAGCAAGAUGGAAAGGUCACAGUUGGCCCGGAUUCUGUAGGACACUACCUCACACGCGAUGCUCUUGUGUUUGGCGGCAAAGUUCUCACCUCAUCUGACAUUGCUGCUGAAGAGCGAAUCAAGCAAUUACUCGAAGGGGCUGUGGACAUGAUCAAGACCUCACCAGAGCCGCUGCCUGUGCUUCUGGUUGGCGGCGGUGCUAUCCUGGCUCCCUCCUCUCUCAAAGGAGCAUCAGAGCUCAAACUACCACCGUAUCACGAUGUAGCAAAUGCUGUGGGAGCUGCCAUCUCAAAGGUCGGAGGAAUUGUCGACAUCAUUCAACAGAUUACAGACAUCUCCCAAACGCAAGCUGUUGAGAAAGCGAAAGAGAUGGCAAUCCAGAAAGCAGUGGAUGCAGGUGCUACCAAGGAGAGCAUCAUCAUUGCAGAAGUCGAGACCUAUCCUGUGAGCUACAUGGCUAACCAAUUACGAACGAUUGUCAAAGCAGUGGGCGAACUGGAUAUAAACAUGCAACCUUCUUCCCUCGACGAUGACGAGACAGAUGGUGAAGGCGGUGCACCUGAAGCAGCCAAGGACUUUGCCAUCAAAGUCGUGGAUGAGCCACCAGUCGAUCCUCGUACGUACAAGCCAACCAUCGUCAAGAACGAACAAGGCAUUCUGGAUCCAGCGGCCUCACGAAUCCAGCUUCGUGAUAUGCUGCGUGCUGGCUACAAGAUGCGUUGCAUCCGUCCUGAGGAUCUGCCAGAGCCCGGUAACAUUUAUUGGGGUGGCCAUAUGGGCUCUCCAGCGACGUCCAAUGAACGUCUUCAAUCUCUUGAGACAGUCAAGGCCUUUGAAGCACUUAUGGAGUAUGUCAAAGAUGACACGUUCGAUGCCGUCAUGGGCCUAGAGAUAGGUGGUGCAAACGGCAUUGAACCUUUCCUGGUUGGAUCGAGUCGCUUCUACGACCGCCCAGUCAUAGAUGCCGACUGGAUGGGUCGCGCCUAUCCAACCUACUGGCAGACCACGCUCGCUGUCCACGCACCAGGAGAGCUGGUUCCAUGUGUGAUCGAUUCUGGAGACGGCAAGACCAUCAUCAUGACCAAAGCCUCGAAUGAUGAAAUUGUCGAUCGUGCAUUACGAGCCAGCUGCGCAGAGAUGGGCUCUCGAGUCGGCAAAGCUGCGAGACCAACCACAUCCCAAAGAGUGAGAGAGUAUGUCAGUAACACGCUGUCUACCGUCGCAGAACAAAUCGUGGAACAAGUUGGAGGAACCAAAUCGGCUAAAGUCCUCUUCAGAGGCAAGAUCGUUGGCGUCGAAAGACGUCUUUUCAAAGGCCAUUCUUACGGUACCAUCACCAUCGCCUCCCUAAGCGCAAGCGAAGACGACGACUCUGCUGAUCUCAAAGCACAACGCCUGCCCGCAGUCAAAGAAUCCGGUACUCUUAUCAUCCCGUUCAAGAACGAGAACAUUUACGUCGAGCACGUCGACGAUGACGGCACGAAGAGCAUCAUCGCCAGCGUGCCAGAUCUGAUCUGUGUCCUCGACGCUGGCAGUGGCAAGAAUCUCGGGGUUCCUGAAUUCAAGUAUGGAUACCGAGUCUUCGUCAUAGGCAUCACUUGUAGUCCAAGAUGGUCCGACACGCCACGGGGAUUAGAGAUUGGUGGACCAGGCUCUUUCGGGUACCAUCAUAUCGAAUACAAGCCUUUGGGCGAGUAUGUGGAACCUAGGAGUGUGAUUGAAGAGUAUGCUCCGAAAUGAGAUGUAGGCCGAAUCUACCACAGGAGUUUGACUGCCUGUGGUAAUGGUCUCCGUCGAAGUGCCAUUUAUCAGCUAUCUGCCGGCCACGCCAUUGAGUCGUGAACGAUUGUCAAAGGCUGUGAAAUGUAAAAGCGUAUUUAAAGGCUG